CGUAUCGCGGUCGGACGGCUUUACAAUCGGCUUCUGUCUGAUGUUUUUCGAUAUGAAAUUAUCCUGAAAUAUUUCGCGUGUCGGUUUUUGUCAUGUUAUUUUUUCUUCUUCUCUAAAUCCAAACGUCAACAGAUGCUCGGAGACGGUCGCUGUCGGUCGGUGACGAACAUUAAAUGAAAGUAAAAGCUGAAAAUGUUGAACCCGGAGCGGCGGUGUGUUUGAACCGCUACAUGCUACGUGUACAGUAACAGUUAGCUACCAGACGGACAGACUGGAGGACAGGCAGACAUGGAGCCAGAACAAACCGGUUGCAAAGAUGAAUUUUAAUUGUAUAUUUUACUCAACAAAUGUAGAGACGCCGUUAAAGCGGCGAAGGGUUUUUUGUGUGCAGAAGGAGUUGGCAAAUAAUUAGCAUGGAGCACUGUUUGCUCCAAGUCAACACUUACAAAUGAGAGGAUGUAGGAGCGAACAUCAACGUGUUCCUGAGACAACACCACUCAUUCUGUCGUUUUCUGUUUCUGUGAGAAGCAGGAGCCUCUGUCGUCGAUUUUAACUGAAUAGGACUGAAAUCAAAGAUCGUAAAUAUGAUGUAUUCCUCGAGGAGAAAGCCUGUCCUGUACUUCAAAGAAGAGCGAAAGUUCCUGUCUGGUAAAUGUACCAUCUACAAGCUGUUCGGCCUCUGCAUGGUGCUGCUGCUCGUCUCUCUGCUCUGGCUGCAGCUCAGCUGUUCAGGCGACAUGUCGGCCACUCUGCACGAAGACAGACGCCCCCAGCAGCCGCCGCCGCCGCCGCCACCACCACCCUGUCCCGCCGACACUCAGGCGUCUGCAUUGGACGACCCUUCCUGGGGUCCUCACAAACUGGCCCUCAUCAUCCCGUUCAGAGAACGCUUCGAGGAGCUGCUGGUGUUCGUUCCCUUCAUGCACACAUUCCUCAACAGGAAGAAGAUCCGCCACAAGAUCAUCGUCAUCAACCAGGUGGAUCACUUCAGAUUUAACCGGGCGUCUUUGAUCAAUGUGGGUUACCUGGAGAGCGGGAAUGACACGGACUACCUGGCGAUGCACGAUGUGGACCUGCUGCCUCAGAAUGACGCUCUGGACUAUGGUUUCCCCGAGGACGGGCCGUUCCACGUGGCCUCGCCUGAGCUGCACCCACUGUACCACUACAAGACGUAUGUGGGAGGAAUCCUGCUGCUCACCAAGAAGCAUUACACUAUGUGUAACGGGAUGUCAAACCGGUUCUGGGGUUGGGGCCGAGAGGACGAUGAGUUCUACAGACGACUGAGGAAAGCUGAGUUACAGCUGUUCAGACCGAGUGGAAUCACAACAGGAUAUAAAACCUUUGUGCACAUCCAUGACCCGGCCUGGAGGAAGAGAGACCAGAAGAGAGUCGCAUCUCAGAAACAGUUUAAGGUGGAUCCGGACGGGGGGCUGACCAACCUCCGUUACCAGGUGGAGUCCAGACAGGAGAUGACCAUCAGCGGCGCCCCGUGUACCGUCAUCAACACCAAACUGGAGUGUGACCAGAACGAGACACCCUGGUGUUUGCUGGGAUAGAGGACGAAUGCAGGACAGCUGUUGGUUCGGUUCUGUUUGUCCUCCUGGGGGCUUUAAUGUUUUAUUAUGUGGCAAAGCUGUACGGAUCCUUAACGGAGACGCUGGACGUGGUUCCAGAUUUUUCCCGUUGACUUUUCUGUUGCUGAAAUAUUUGAGGGGUUAUUUUUAACCGAUUGGAGCUGCUGCAAUGGCACAUGUGGCUGCACUAAUAACGGUACAAACUGAAAUAUUGAACAGUGAUCAAGUGAUUCCCAACCAGGAGUGUAUUAUCACGGAGGAUCAGACAGACAUUUGAUAUGAUUAGGUACAGCUCAACAGUCGUACUGCUGAUUUACGAGUGGAUUAAAACCUCCUGAUUUUUUUUUAUUUUUUUUUGACUGAAACUCAUCAACUCUUUUUUUGGUGUCUGACCUCAAACCUCAGAGCUGUAGAUGGAGUCGAUCUGUUACACCAAACUGAACCGGAGCUGUUUUCAUUGGCUCUUGUUUUCUUUUGUUUUGGUUCUGGUUCCUGCUGGUGCGAAAACAAAGUUAAAGUCUAUUUUUUUUUUUUUAUUCUGGGAUUGUGCAAACGGAGCAGAGGUGUUAGAACAACACAGCUCCUGAUCUGAAAUCCAAACAUGCAUCAUACUGUGACAUCAGACAGCUGACUGCAGCUUUUUGUUCAUGUUGGAGAAAAUGAUCCAUUUCAGAAUUCCUCAUAGACGAAAGUAGCUUGGAAAGUCAUGAUGUUUUUAUUUUCUUGCUGAGUGAAGUCGAGCUGGAAUUAAAUGGAUUUUACCUUUCAUUUUUUACAGUGUGUCCCUCUGGAACAGACACUUUAAAUUCACCAAAGAAAAACAAAUCAGGACUUUAUUUUUUAUUUAUGAUUAUGACAAUAUAUUUUUUCCUCAUCAUUACGACUCUAGAUUAAUUUUCUUUGGUGAACAUGAUGCAUUUCUGUUCUCUAUAAAAUAAACUGAGCCAAACCAUGCAGAGCUGAACUGUAGCAGAUUAUAACAGCGAAGACACGUUUGUUUCACCUUCACCUGCACCAUUUAGAAAGAAACUAAACACUUCAUUUUUGGAGAAGCAUUUCAAUGACCAGAUAAUAAAUUAAUACUUUAAUCUAAUAUCUCUGUAAUAAAUUGGUUUCAACUUUAAUAAUGUUCUGUUUUAACUGAGAAGGAACCAACGUGAUGAAUAGAUCAACAGUCUGCAGGAUUACAGGCUGAAACUAAAGAUUAUCUGUUGUUAUCAAAUGAUCUGAUUAUUCUCUUGAUUCAUUAAUCACUCAGUCCAUCCAGGAUGUCAGAUUCUUUAAGAUCUAAAAUGACUUAUUUUAUAGCAGUGAUGUUUUUUUGGUGUUUUUUGCAGUAAAAUUGCAGCUUGUUUGAUUUUAUCUGUGUAAUCACACACAGACAUGAGUUCACCACACACCAUACUUGAUAUUUUGAUAUUUUUCCACCGCACAAAUGUUUACUCUUAAUUCUUUUGCAGAACGUACAUGACAAACAGAAUUGUCUUUCACAAUCCUCAGUAUCUUUUAAUUUUUUUAAAACAUUUUUUUGGUAAAUGUUUGAGUCAUGUCUGCAUCUUCACAACCAGAAACAAGGGAGUGAGUUUGUUUGUCCAUAUGUGACUCAACGUUCUGCACAUUUAGCAAAUUGGUAGAACUCACAAGAAACUACAUAAUUCUUGCCAUCGCAGCAUCACAACUUCCUCGACAGAUGGAUGAAUGGUUUGGCCUCUAAACGAAAAUAGUCGACAACAUACAACUUCACAGGCAUGUAGAGAGUUUCUGAGUUUUGGUCAGUAAUUAACUUUGCAGGCUAAGCGUUUAAAGCCAACACUGAAAAGUUUCAGAACAACUCGUAAUGAAUGGACUCUGGGGAUGAGUUUGUUUUCAAGUGUUGUAGAUUAGUUUUUAUGAUCUCUAGUAGGGUUGUUGAUUCCUUCUCAGUCAUUGGUUUUUAUCCAAGUUGUCAAAAAUACUUGAAUUAAAAAUUCAAAGUUACUAUGGGUGUCACAUUGUUGAGUCUAAAUCAAAAGAUCACCCAAAAUAGAAAAUACAUUAUUAUCUAAUCAUGUCAGAAAAAUGCACAAAGCUGGGCAGAGGAUUGAAACUCCUGAGAAUUGUUCUUCUCUGGAUUAUAUUUGUAUAAAAACAUCAGUCCUGUAUUUUAUUGAAAAGGUCAUUAAAAUGUUUUCAUUUACGAAAGAAAGGGGCCACUGUCUUCUGCAGCCAGAACUCGGGGCUCACACUUCCCACGAUUUAACCAAAAGGACCUUUUAAAAGUUUUUUAAAAAAUGUGAUGUACAAAUAGUUUGCAAAGUCACUGAAAAGUCCUUAAAAGAUUUAAAACCCUUUAACUUCAUCUUCACCUUCAUCUGUCGGUAUGAAUCCUGUCAGUUGGCUCACACUGUCCUGAUCUCUGCUGUUGUUAUCAUCUGGUCAGCCUCCAGGGGGCGCUCUGAGGUUUAGACCAUCUGUUAAUUCACAGGCUCUGAUGUCAAACUCAUUUUUAUUUUACAGAGACAAUGGUACCCUUAUGUAUUUGUAUAAUAUUAAGCGUUUAUAUAAAUCUGAGUCUAAGAAAAAUA